UCACAAAUCAUCGGGCAAAUUCAUCGGAAACCAUCUAAGAAACUUACAGAAGAAAAGAGUUACUCAACCAGUUCGUUUGCUGAAAAUACUUUUGGCUAUCUUUUUUUGUACAUCUUUUAGCAAAAGCUUACUAGUUCAAACAUGGUAGGAUGUGUAGAAUGUGGGACGAGAAGAAAUCCAUGCCGAUGCAGGGUAUUCGGACCAACACUCGGGUGCGUGGCGUUUUGCGUCGCAGCAGUGGUAGAAUGGCCAAUCGGAGCGGUCGUUUAUAUCUUUAAACACAUGAAGGGUAAACGGAUCAUGGGUCAUCCGGCUCGUGUUGUUUAUCCCAAAGUUUCCAAUUGCAUGCCUAUCUAAGAUUCUAAAUCAACAGCAAUCUCUUAUCUGAAGGAAGAUAUUUACCCCAGUAUAAUUGAUUUUCCUUUUAUGUUGACCUCAUUUCUGUAUAACUGUACCAGACUAUACACCGUGUAUCUUUUAUGAACUUUCCUUUGUGCUAAUGUAAUAAAUAUUUUCUCAGUAAAA